AUGGGUGCUGCAGAAGGUUACAGAAUUGCCGGUGGGCCUCUUGGUGAGGUGACAGACCCAUUGUACCCAGGUGGGAGCUUUGACCCAUUAGGCCUCGCAGAAGAUCCAGAAGCUUUUGCGGAGCUGAAGGUGAAGGAAUUGAGGAAUGGAAGACUGACUGGCCAUGCCAUUGUUACUGGACAGGGACCAAUAGAGAACUUAGCUGACCACUUGGCUUAA